AAAAAGCCCAAACGCGCCUUCCGUUGCCAAUUCUGCGCCAAAGAAUUUCUACGAAAUGAGCAUUUACAACGACAUGAGCGACUGCGUAUGAAUUCCACGCACUCAAAAGAACUGCGCUUACCAUAUGUCAGAUACCAAAGAGAAACCAUUUGGGUGCUCGAAUUGCCCCCAAACCUUUACCCGAAGGUAUCGGUUCUCCAAGGCCCUCGCGCUGAUCUCCUAGCACGCCAUAUCCGUAUCUUACAUGGGCCUUCAGUAACCCAUAUUGUCUCAGAUCCAGCUUGUCACAACCACGAGGAAGCCCCACAGCAUGCUGAGCGCAUUCCCAAUUCUCCAGGCAACUUGUCUCCUGUUGAUGCGCAAAGUCAAAAUACUGCUUUAUAUGACCCAGCUCAUUCAUAUUUAGAAACAUCAACAUCUGGCGCUGAUUUGACCCUUUGCCCAGAUCCAGCUGCGUCAAUUAACCCAGCACCAUCCGCAUCUCACACGGGGGUGUCAUCGGCCGAAGGGAUAAACGACGUACCUCACAUCUCAUGGACCCAACCGAGCAGCAACUUUGGCGACUUUGCUCUAUUCAUUGAUAGCAUGAAUAUGCCGUAUGGGAGCAAUGGCGGCUUCUUCGUUGACCAACCAGCUCUGGCUCUAUCGCCUCAUCCUCUAUUCAGCGAGAUAAAUGAGCAGCAGUGGCAUGGCCAUCAGCAGCCACCACAUAUAGCUCCUCUUAACAUCGACACGGAUGACACGUCUACACCACGUUUAUUCGAUGAGUUCUCAUCGACAUUUCCCUCUUUCGAGUCACCCUCUUCCAAGUCUAAGCAUGAGCCCUGGAGAGUCACACAGCAAGACUGGGAGCAUUUACUAGGCGAGAUACAGACUAUGGUCUCCAUCAUUCCUCCUGAAUUCUCGCUCCCGUCUCGCCACACUAUGACUCGUUACAUCGCAACAUAUUUUUCGGGAUUCCAUCGUCAUCUACCCUUUCUCCACGUGCCGACAUUUGAGCCCACAAAAUGCCCAGUUGAGUUGAUUCUGGCCAUGGCUACCAUCGGAGCACAGUCAGCCUUUGACAACGCCAAUGCGGUCAUGUUCUUCCGGACGUCGUACGCGAUAGCACUGGAGCGCCUGCGCAACCGCAAAGCCCAACUCCGGGACAAAAGGUUUCCAGCGGAAGACGCAUCCACGCUUACCGGGGCUCCACUGGGUCCCCAGAAUAGACCAUGGGUGGGAUCAUUGCCCUCAAAUGUUCCGAACCCGUCAGUUCUGCCUUCGGAUCAAGAUGAAGCGGACCGAUUUGAUCCUCUCAGCAUAUCCCAGACACUGCUUGUGCUCAUGGCAAUGGCAACGUGGGGCAAUUCAAAGGCGAUUUAUAACGAGGCUAUCGGCCUCCAGAAUAUCUUGGCCGAGCAUAUGCGAGAGGAAAAACUCCUUGAGGCGCGCAAACAUCAUUCUGAGCAUGCAAAUUGGGCCGAAUGGAUCCGUGCGGAGGGUCAUAAUAGGACUGUGGGUAUAAUCUUCUGCUUCUUUAUUUUUCAUACGAUAGUCUACGACACCCCGCCCCCGAUCUUGAAUUCCGAGCUCUACAUCACCCUGCCAUCGUUGGAAAUCAGUUGGGCAGCGCGAACUGAGAAAGACUGGCAAGAAACUCGCAAACAAGCAGAGCCCCAGGUUACUUUCCAGUCAUGCUUCUCCCUUCUAUUUGCAAGGGAAGGCGAAGGAACUACCAUGAGGCCAAAGGCAUGUUCUUCAUUGGGCGCGUACAUCCUCAUCCUUGCAUUGAUUCAGCACAUAUAUUUUCUGAGGGAAAUGGCUAAGCGCAAGGCCCCUUUUGAUCAAGGACCUGCCCCGAAAGAUGUGGCUGAGGUGGAACAAGCACUCAAAAACUGGCAACACAGAUGGUACAUGGACCCAGAGUCAUCAUUUGGCCCUGGAAGUCCACACGGACCAAUAUCAUUCAACUCGACUGCAUUGCUCCGCAUGGCUUACAUACGAUUGACCGUUGACGUGGGCCCCUGGCGAGCUCUCAAUACCCACGAUGCAGAGGAUAUCGCGGCUUCUAUUCACCGAAGCCCGGAAUUGGAACCAACUCACAAGCUCACUCGUGCAGUUCUGUACUCUGCGCAUGCCUUGAGUAUCCCUGUCAAAAUCGGUGUCAACAUCGUGGCCCGUAAUCAGGCGUUUGCUUGGUCUCUUCAACAUUCACUCUGUGCGCUUGAGUGUGCUUUCGUGCUCAGCAAGUGGUUGAUUGCGAUACAGCAUCGCUCCCCCGGCGUUCCUCUUGGCGAGGAUGAAUCCAGACUCCUUGCUUAUGUAGUCGACAUGGUCGCAGAGGCAGAUUCCGGAUUUCAUUUUGACAGUCAACGGGAAUUGACGGCAACUCUACCUGAUUUGUGUAUUCGAGUUGUUCAAAUCUGGGCACGGCUCUUGAGCGGAGUUGCCGUUUGGAAUGUUGUGCGCAUGAUAGGGAAAGCCUUGGCCGCGUAUGGUCGCAUCUUGGAACAGCAAUGGGGUAAACCCGAAAGCGAGACAGUUUCUCCAAACGACACGAAUUGA